CGGGGGCGCUAAUGCGAUAUGUUGUGACAGGCCUGCGCGCGUAAUUGGUGCAUCGUUGCCGCCGUAUCCUAAUUGAUAUAUGUGUUAUAUCCACUCAGAAGUGCAACGUGUCGGGCCAUGUUGCACUCCCUCAAGUGUAUUGUAGCUACACCAAACUCACCAAAGCUACUGUCGUGGUCGCGAGGCGUGAAAUACUGGAGUGAGAGACUCUCAAAGAGAAAAUAUGCUGGGAACACUGAACAGGAGGAUGCGUUGCCAGUUAUCAAGUAUAUAUCGGAGUCCACGCGGCCGGACAACCGUGUCUACACGUGGGGCUAUGCUGAGUUGGGUGCCCUGGGCAACAAGAAUCUGCUGAAACCUAGAAACGGGAAGAAGCCCUAUGCGUACCUCCACCGGCCGAUGCGGCUGGGGUUUGCUGAGCUGAACAAGGUUACCGAUGUGGCGUGCGGGUAUGGUUUCACCGUCAUGGCUGUCAAUAGGCCCGACUAUAAGGUGUUCGGAUGCGGUAUCAACACCGACUCACAGAUCGGACUGCAGGAGGCCCGCGCCGGCCACCCACUGGAGAGGGUCAUAGCGCCUGUGCCCAUUGCGCUGCCCUUGGACGACCCCGAACGGGUCAAGGUCACCAGGGUGGCAUGCGGCCGAGGCCACACGGCCAUUGUCACCGACGGCGGCGCCGUGUUCACAUUGGGCAAUAACGCGUACGGCCAGUGCGGCCGGCGCGUGGUGGAGCGCGAGGAGUACCGCGGCAGCGCCACCGUGCACCGCGUGCGGCUGGACGAGCCGGUGCGCGACGUCACCUGCGGCCAGGACCACACGCUGAUGGUGACCGAGUCCGGGCGCGUGCUGUCGUGCGGCUGGGGCGCGGACGGCCAGACGGGUCGCGGCGGGUUCGCCAGCGCCUGGGAGCCGCGGCCCGUGGUCGGCGACGUGGAGGGCGAGCGGAUCGUCCGGGUGGCCUGCUCGGCCGACUGCGUGCUCGCCGUCAGCGAGAGCGGCGACGUCUUCGGCUGGGGCAACAGCGAAUACGGCCAGCUGGGCUCUGUGACGGACGAGCAGCAGCUGGGCGUGGCGCGUCGCCUGCCGUUGGGCGUGGGUCGCGUGCGGGACGUGGCCAGCGCCGGCACCAUGUGCGCCCUCAUCAACGACAAGGACGAGGUGUACGUGUGGGGGCUUCCGGACAGCGUGCCCGUGUCGGUGGUGUCGGGCCUGUACCAUCUGGCCGUGACCACGAGCGCCGGCGACCUCUUCACCUGGGGCCACAACCAGCACGGCGCGCUGGGCCUGGGCCACACAGAGGACCGGCUCUUCCCUCUGCGGGUCUCCAUUCCGGCGCGCGUGACCAAGGUGGCGUGCGGCGUCGACCACAUGGCCGCGCUCUGCCGCGAGUAUAUCUGACACCACGGCUGCACUACCCCGGCUGCAUUUGAUGCUACGGUGUGCUCUGUGAGGAACGCGUCUGAUGUCACAG